AGACACACCUUCAGCUGGAGGAACUGCACGGUCGUACAGCUCCAAUUUUGUUUCCCUCGAUGUCAGCUGAGGGCGACAGAGGGAGGUGUUCCCCCUCCCCGGUUCUCAAGAUUUCCCUCCGUCCACAAUAAACUUUCAUUUUGGGAAGUCGGCACACACAUAACACACACACACAUACACACACAACGGCGGUCGUCAUCUUGUCCUGCAUCUGUUUCCCGGGAAAGCUGUACUGGACUUGACUUGACGUUCGUUGUACUUUGCAAAACGCGCGAAAGGAAGACGGAAAAAACAUAGGAAGCGCACAGGUGGAGCUCUCCGGAGCGUCUUUUUGUAAAUUUGCUAUCAUCUGCUGGAAGGAGACUACAGGGAUAUUAAAAAAAAGGGACAAGACAAUGCAAUGACAGAAAGCUGCCUUUUCACUGCCGGUUAAUCCCAGUUUUUGGAUGUGUUGUUUUGUUUUUGUUUUCUGGCUCGUUCACUCCUCGCGCGGCCCCUCAAGGAACACCUGGAAUGGAAAAACUUUAUCUGGCUCGUCUGGACUGUAGUAAAAACUCCCAAGAAAGAAUGAAGUAACCGCUAUGGAGCCGGACAAUGCCCCGUACUCCAAACUCAAAACCACUGGAGUCGGGGGGAGAGUUCUGAUUCUUUGGACUAUACUCUCUUGCACCUGUUCUCUAAGGCUCGCACAAGCACAAGAUGUGGAUGUUCUGCAGCAGCUCGGGCUUUCUGGGCGAAGAGCAGGCGGGUCAUCAUCUUCAGGCGCUCGAACCAUCCCUAAUGGCAUCAUCCCCUUCAAGUCUGGAAUUAUCCUCACCCCGAGGGCACGUAUCCAGGUGCCUGUGCGAACUGUCAUCCCCGCUAACUACAGCUCCACCAAUCUCUCCCUGAUCCUCAGUUUGUCUGUUCAUCGAGUCAACAGCGCUUUUCUUUUCUCAGUUCUGUCUAAGAAAAGGAAAGUGCAGCUCGCAGUGCAGUUUGUUCCGGGGAAGGUCCUGGUACAUGUGGGGCAGAGGAGCUUUGUGAGUUUCGACUAUGAUGUCCACGAUGGCCGGUGGCAUAGUCUGGCCUUGGAUGUCCAAGGCCAUCAGGUGUUCUUACACACUUCUUGUGGGAAGAAAAGCGUACAUACAGAUUUGCGUUCUAAAAAAGUUGAGGCCCUGGAUCCAGAGGGCUCUUUCCUGCUGGGCAAAAUGAACCACAACUCGGUGCCGUUUGAAGGUGCCAUCUGUCAGUUUGACAUUUAUCCCUCUGCUAAGGCAGCUCAUAACUAUUGUGAUUACAUUAAGAAACAUUGCAGAGAAGCCGACACGUAUCGGCCUGUGUUUCCACCCCUGCUACCUCUAUUUUCCACAGACCCAAAUAUUACUGUCACUCAUCUAACUCCACUGUCAUUGACAGAGCUUUCCAAAAAGGGGCUGAGACCUGCUCUGGCCUUGAUUGAGGAAAACACCAGGACUACUAUUCUUGUUCCAACUGACCGCUUGCUGAUGCAGAACAAAACAUCUGUGCAUCAGACUUUGAGCACUCCACAACCUGGUGCUGUGUCUCUUUCUCCACCAGUUCAUCCAGGGUUGGAAAGCCCGUUAAAAUUUCCAACUCAAACAGUUGCUACAUCUCUUAGGAUCAGCGUGACACCACCAAGCCCAACUUUACAUACUGGAAAGACCACAAAGCAAGGAAAUACUAAUGCCCUGAAACCUUUUGGGAAUACUAUGGAUUUACCUGCUUCCACCAGACCAUCAGAGAUGAGGCCAAACCUCCAGACCACAGCUGCUUCUACACAGGGGUCUCCUUCAAACGCCUACCUUCCCCAUAAAAAGCAGUUGAGCACAGUAGCUCCUAAGAAACCUGAGCCAAAAGUGACCGGUGUGCAGGAUGUCAAACCCACCUCGCUUAUUCCAGUCACUCCAGCUGCAACAGAUGGCUUCCAAACAUUUGACCUGGAACCGACUUACUUCUCACUGCUGGCUGGACCACCUGGACUAAAGGGAGAACCAGGACCGCCGGGCCUUCAAGGACUUCCAGGGUUGCCUGGAAAGCCAGGGAAGAGGGGCCCAAGGGGUCCCCCUGGCCCACAUGGAAACCCUGGUCGUCCUGGACCUCCUGGAGUGAAGGGACAAAAAGGAGAUCCCGGACUGUCCCCUGGUCAAGCUCCAAAAGGACAAAAAGGAGAGCCCGGUGUCGUGGGCCCCCCUGGACUGCCUGGCCAAGAUGGACGAAAGGGACAAAAAGGGCAUCCUGGUCCCUCUGGUCUCCCAGGUGAACCUGGUGAACGGGGAGAUGAUGGAAGCCCUGGGGCCAAAGGCUAUCCUGGCAGGCAGGGUUUUCCUGGGCCUAUAGGGAAAAUGGGGCCAAAGGGAGUCAGGGGACACAUUGGCAUCCCUGGGCUUUUUGGCCUCCCUGGUCCUGAUGGCGAAAGAGGAAUUCCUGGCGUUCAUGGGAAGAAGGGCAAGAUGGGUAGGCCGGGUUUUCCUGGUGACUUUGGAGAGAGGGGACCUCCAGGGCCUGAUGGGAACCCAGGUGAACUGGGAGCUCCUGGCCCAUGUGGAGUCCCUGGUCUUAUUGGAGACAUGGGCCCUGUUGGCAUUAUGGGCUUCGCAGGACCACCGGGACUCAAGGGAGUACCAGGCAACCUAGGGGAACCAGGACUGAAAGGUGAUAAGGGGGACGUUGGCUUGCCAGGAGAGCCGGGGGAGUGUGGAUUCCAAGGGGACAAGGGUAUGCGUGGCUCACCUGGGUUGCCGGGUCCUCGUGGAAAACCUGGACCACAGGGCAAACCUGGUGAAAAGGGUCCUGAUGGUUUACCUGGCCCUCUUGGCCCAGAGGGCUUUCCAGGUGACAUUGGCCCACCAGGUCAAAACGGCCCUGAAGGACCCAAGGGAAAGCAAGGGACAAGAGGUUUGCCCGGUCCAAGAGGAACACCUGGACUUCAGGGUGAUGAGGGACCAGUUGGGCCAGCUGGACCCGCUGGACUCGAGGGCAGGCCUGGGAGGCAGGGAUUCCCUGGAUUGACAGGCCCAGACGGACCGAAGGGCGAGACCGGGAUAACUGGCGAGGUCGGAAAGCUUGGCGAGAGGGGACUGCCUGGUUUUAUUGGGCCCUUUGGAGAGAUGGGCAUCGCCGGAGAAAAGGGGGACCGAGGGAAAACGGGUGCCCCUGGGCCGCCAGGUGAACCGGGGCCGAUGGGUCACACUGGAAUACCUGGAGAAACGGGGCUACCUGGAAUGCAAGGGAUCCCAGGGCCUCUCGGUUCACGGGGAUCCAUCGGCAUCAGAGGACCGAAAGGCAUCAGGGGUCCAAGAGGUCCCGAUGGCCCAGUGGGGGAGAAAGGGUCUACAGGAAUGAAGGGCCCUGACGGCCCACCAGGAAAACCGGGCUUCCCUGGAGAGACGGGAAAGCUUGGCGAGGCAGCUGAAGCCGGGCCUAAGGGAUUUCCAGGUGUUCAGGGACCCUCGGGACCUCCAGGAGCCAAAGGAAUUGCAGGAGAGCCUGGACCAGCAGGGCCCCUGGGAACGAUUGGACCACUGGGGGAGAUGGGACUGUCGGGUCUGCCAGGGAAGGCUGGAGAGAGAGGACUGCCUGGUGAAACUGGAGAGAAGGGUGCCAUCGGUCUACCUGGCAGCAUCGGGGAGCAGGGUCUGAUUGGCGAGAGAGGUGAGCCAGGCAUCGAUGGGGAGGCUGGACCAAGUGGACCUGAUGGAGCUAAGGGUGAAAAGGGGGAUGCUGGUCCAGAGGGCGCUAAAGGAGACAGGGGUGAAAUCGGCCUGAAAGGAAACGAAGGACCUCCCGGGCCUCCUGGACUGCUGGGUGUACGGGGUCAGGAGGGGAAGCCUGGCAAAAUUGGUGAAAGAGGAAAACGAGGAGAAAAGGGGAGCAAAGGUCACCAAGGUCACCUGGGAGAGACCGGGCCAAUCGGUGAGCGGGGAGAAAUGGGAUUUGUGGGACAGAAGGGCACGAGAGGAACCAUCGGGCCAGUGGGUGCUCCAGGGAGAAUGGGCCAACAAGGAAAUCCAGGCAUAUCAGGUUACGAGGGUCACAUGGGACCACAGGGCCCACUGGGACCUCCUGGGCCAAAAGGUGAAAAGGGUGAACAGGGAGAUGACAGCAAGGCUGAAGGUCCUCCUGGUCCCCAAGGUGACAGAGGUCCUCCUGGAGACAGAGGAGAGAGAGGAGAGCCAGGUGACCCCGGACACAUUGGUCAAAUGGGUUUUGAUGGAAAGAGAGGUGAAGCUGGUGCCUCAGGGCUUCCUGGACAUCUUGGGCCAAAGGGACGACCAGGGCUGAAAGGAUCCAAAGGUGAUCAAGGUCAGAAAGGAAAAUCGGGGGCAACAGGAACAUCUGGGACCAAAGGACCACCAGGUCCAGAGGGUCCUCCUGGCCCACGGGGGGUUGUGGGCAGGGAGGGACUUGAGGGGCCGCAUGGAAUGGAUGGACUUCUUGGUAAAGAUGGGAGUAAAGGAGUCAAGGGGGAGCAAGGAGAAGACGGAGAGGUGGGGUUCCCCGGAAAACCUGGGCAGCAGGGUAAAACGGGUGUGACAGGGCUUCCUGGAAGUCAAGGCUACUUUGGACAGAAGGGUGAGAGGGGUCUUCCAGGCCAAACCGGUCCAUCAGGAAAAAGAGGCUCUAUUGGUGGGAUGGGAUUGCCAGGAAAACAAGGAGACCAGGGAACUAAAGGGCAACCAGGGGAUACUGGUGGACAAGGAUUUCCAGGGGUGUCGGGUCUGUUUGGGCCAAAGGGACCACCUGGAGAUACUGGCCCAGCAGGGAUACAGGGGCCGAGAGGACCACGUGGUUUGAUGGGUACGGAGGGAGCUUUGGGCCCCGUUGGCAUCAUUGGCCCCAGCGGUCAUCCUGGACCCCAGGGUGACAAAGGAAGUCGGGGGGAGACGGGUUUGCAAGGACCAAGGGGAUCUCCUGGUCCUCGUGGACCACCAGGACUACCAGGUCGUCACAGUUCUGCCCUUUCACUUAGAAAUGAGGCUCUUGGCGCUGCCUUUCAAGUCAUCAUUGAUUCCCAUGCUGCACUGAGGCAAGAGCAGAAUUAUCAGAGCAUGGACCUGCCCAUGUUAGACCAGGGCACAGAGAUUUUCAAGACCCUGCAGCAUCUCAGCACUCUGAUCCAGAGUUUAAAGAACCCUCUGGGAACCCGUGACAAUCCUGCCAGAAUCUGCCGAGACCUUUACAACUGUGAACACAGGAUGUACGAUGGCACUUACUGGAUCGACCCGAACCUCGGCUGCUCCACCGACACUAUUGAGGUGACAUGUAACUUCACUGCUGGAGGACAAACGUGCCUGAAACCUAUUACGGUGUCCAAGUUGGAGACAGGAGUGGGUCGUAUCCAGAUGAACUUCAUCCACCUUUUGAGCACUGAGGCCGUGCAGCACAUCACCAUUCACUGUCUCAACACACCUGUGUGGGCAGCAGGACCCUCCCUACAGCCUUCACCCAGCGCUGUGAGCUUCAAGGCCUGGAACGGCGAGAUGAUCCGAGCAGGAGACCUCCUGGAGCCGAUCAUACACAGGGAUGACUGCUGGAUCAAAGAUGGCCGAUGGCAUCAGACCCACUUCAUCUUCCAGUCCCAGGACCCGAACUUACUCCCCAUAGUGGAUGUGUACAACCUACCAACAACAGCACCUGGCGCACGCUUUCACCUCGAGGUGGGACCCGUGUGCUUCUUAUAGGGCCCUGUGGAGGGGGCCAGGAAUACUCCUUAAAGGAGUGACUGCAUUGGGGGAAGGUGGAUGGGGGAGACUGGUCCUUCAGGACCCCCCCCAAUUUUCUCUCUACAAAAUAUGCUUGGACUGCAGAAACCGGAGGGGGCACCAGAGAAAGACGGCCCAUUGGAAAUGCAGAGAUAAGACUUCUGGCACUAAUCAGCCUAUGGAAAACAAUAAUAAGCUCCUUUUUCAGAGACUUGUUUGUGUGAUACAAGAUCUGAACGCCCCUUUUGGAAGUAAUAUCAACGUCUCAUUUCUGUCAUCUCUCGGACCAUGUUGUAUCAUAUUUUCUUCACGGUCUGAUACCCGAUUUUGCAAGAACCUAAAAAGUUUUUCAAGAGAUCUGUACAGAAAUAUGGAACAGUUACACCUGCAAAUGCAAUAAUUCCUAUUUUAAUGUUAAAGUAUUAUUUAUACAUGUAUAUGUACUGUAUAUUGUAAUAUAAAGUGCAAUAGUUAUUGUUCCACAGCCUUUAGGCAUAUACAGUAUCAACAUCAUAUCACUCAUUCAGGUAUAUAGUGUGCCUCAGACACACAGGCAUGCUGCCGCCAGGUAAGUCUUCUUGAGCCUCUAACUGUCCAGUGCUGAGGGACCCCACAUUUCUACAGAUAUCUUCACACAAACAACUGCUGUGUGGUACUUUCCAUGUUAAGGUGGAGCCAAGGUUUCCAUAGUGUGAACCGAGAAAAAAGUGUGUCCAGAUGCUACCUCGUACUGCACCUCUCAUCUCACAGCAAACAAUUCGUAACCUGAUCUAAUCUGGGAUGACACAGAGGUGACACCUGGUGCUGCAACAGUUGACACAACAGUUGAUAAACUCUCGUCAGCACUCGGCAAAGCGACGUCUGUGCUUUACGAAAAAAGGGAAGAUUGUAAACACGCAGGCCAAAUUCAUUAAAUUAUAUUUUCAAGGUAGUAUUUUAACAUUUUCAAUAUUCUUUGUACGAGUCUGACACUAUAAGUUAAGUUUUUUUAUUUGUUAAAAUGUAUAAUUAUGCAACUUUUAUUAUCAACGGUGGAUUCUAUUUAAAUAUUAUUUAAAUUCUGAUUAGCUUUCCAGUUCAAAACCAGGCAUCAAAGUCAUGUUUUAGCACAUUUUUGGUCAUUUGGAGCUUUAACGAAUCUACAGUCUGUAUGAGGUUUUAUAAUUAAACUGUCCUGGACAAUCAGGACAUUACCAGCCUUUUUAUUUACUGUUUAUGCAUUUGUCACUAAAUUGUGCAGCGAUAAUGGUUGGUCCCACCAAUCUAUAAACUCAGAGGAUUUCUUACAAUACAGAACAUUAAACUACCACAGUACAUGAGCUUGCAGUGUUUGGUCUGUACAGACAUUUUAUGCUGUGUGAAUGAAGUCUAAUGACUUAACAGGUAAUUCAAUAAAUGUGUGAAACCUUUGUUGAUAA